GCCACAGGUGGUGUCGUAGUAGUCGGUGUGGGACAGUGCGAGAAGCCGCUGCCGUCGAACUGGUUUUCUCGCGUCUUCGUCCACAAGCUGCGGUCGGUGCAAGACGUGCGAGUAAGCAGCGAUUCCCGAGUACGAUAACGAAGUUUCCGAGGCGAAAAAAAAGAGAGAAGCGUGUGUUUUUUCCCCGUGCCGCCGACCGAGAAGACGACAACCCUAAGAGUCGCCGGAGGAGCUAGAAGAAGAAACUAGGCUCUACCCACUAUCGAAGAUCGAUUUGGGAAGGGGGGGCGGCUCCACACGACACCGAAGCACGAACGUACCGUGUGCCGCGAGGAAAGAAAAAAAGAAAUAACGAGCCAUGCUUCGACGUCGACGAUUCCCAGACACCGCGAUCCCAGCGCAACGAGAUAGACAGCACAGGCGUCGCUGAGAAAACGUCGUCUUGUCUUCGAACCCGGUGUGUACAUCCUACUUCACAGCAACUACACUUUUGCCUUCCUCGUGUGAAUCAUCUAGAAGAAGCACGUCGGCACGAAGUCUCCCGUUACAAUACGCCUGUGUGUUUUCCCUGUGUGUUUCAUCUGAUUCCGAUAUAAUAAUCGGUGCGUUUGCUACUUUCGGUUUGUGUCGGAAACCGUGGUUGUUUCUACGCCUUCGUGUCGUCGCCGACUUGCCGGUGUUGUUGCUUGCCUGCCGUGGGCUCAAGCCAGUGAUUUUUUUCUUUUUUAAUCUUGCUGCAGUGGUGGUUCUGUGUCCGCUGUCGUAUGUGGCCGAGCUUUGGCUAAAUAAGGACUUUUUUUGGUCCUCCUCAAAAAGUUUGCGUGAACUUGACGACUGAGAAGAAGUCAUGGAGCGAGCUACGUCGACUGUCACCUCCGUCCUCCUCGUCGCCCUGUGCUUCGCAAUGGUCAGGAGCCAGACCAAGCAGGAGGAAGUGACCGAGUUCUCGCCAACAGUGUCGGCCAACUGCGACAAGGGCUUCAUGACCAUCUCGGUGCUGACCGAGGAGCCCUUCAACGGCAUCCUGCACACCAGGGACACCAGCGACCCUCGGGGCAUCGUGAAGGAGCUGCGCCGGAGUCCCUGCAUCGCCUACGGUACGGGAGGCCGCAACACGUCGCUAAGGAUCUCCCUGUUCCCCGCACAGGACGACCCGCUGUACUGCGGCGUUAGGAGAAAGCAAGGCACAGAGGAGCGUUCAGUUGCCAUCUCCAUUCGAGUACACAAGGCCCUGGAGCUCUCAGAUGACAAAUCUUAUGUCAUCACCUGCGGCAAGAACAACUUCCGAAAUGCCAGGAACGAGCUGUACAGGGUUUCCCUCGGAUUCCUGGAGGAGCAGAAGAAAGUGCACGAGCUUGUGAUGGGGCACCACUACACACUAAGGGCGAGCGCCCACGGCCCUGGUGAAACUGGUGGCAUCGUGGUCAGAUCGUGCUUCAGUUUUGCAUCGAACACCAGUGAAGAGGAGCUCAUAGAUGCCAACGGGUGUCCCAAAACCACAUUCCUGUCGGCGUUCAAGUAUAAUGAGACGUCAGACACCGCAGAUGCAACGGUGUCGUCAACGUUCAGGUUCCCGGGAAGCAACAAAAUCAACAUUCAGUGCGACAUCGUACUUUGCCAGUCAUCUCGAUGUCCAGUGUCCAGUUGCGGAGCAUCACCAGACGGUGGAGGCAUCAAGUCACUCCCUCAAAUUAAAGACAGCGAGUCUGCCGUGCAACUGAUGGCAUCGACAUCUGUCUUUGUGGUGGAACCCGGGGAGAGCAUAUUGUCAGCACCCUUGCGCGAGUGCACGGAGUGGCGCUUUCCGUGGCUCAUCGGCCUCUGCAUCUGCCUGGCCAUUCUGCUGCUCGUUAUGCUCAUUGUCAACAUCUUCCUCUGCUCUUCGUUAACCUGCACAUGCACCAAGACAGAGGUCGAAGAGAAGGAACCGUCCGAGAUGGAGGACUACGACCCUUACAAGGGAAGCUGGGUACCAAGCUCUCAGUACGGAUCGCGGACGUCACUCAACAAGCCGGGCUACACCUCGGGCGGCUCCACCCUCAACUCCGCCCGGUCAGUGAGUAACGGGAGUGACCACUACACGAUCGUCCACUCCAGGCCCAACAGCCGCUACUCGCACCACUCCAGCAAGGAGCCGCUCCACCGGAACGGUCCGGGAUCGCAUCUCUCCAACGGACACUACAACUCCAGGAUAUGAUCGCCCCCUUCCCUUGGACAAUGCAAAAGACUGACGUGUGUGUUUUUGUCGUGCUUCCGAGUGAAUCGCUAUUAGUUUUUUAAUGCCAUUAGUCUUUUUUAAGAAAAAGUGACUUUGAUUGUGGACAGCUGUAUGUAUGGCAGCUCGUGAAACUGAAAACUGUGACUGCUUCGAUGUGAAAUGCUUUAUUACCUAAUUACUAAUGAUGCAGGCUUCGUACAGACAGUCUCAGUAGGAGUCGGAUGUCUUUUAUUCCUGUGGCCUUUGCCUUCAACUAGGUUGCUGGCCGAAGAUUUAGAACAUGAAAAACAGACUCUGUGCCUUGUACUUUAAGAUACUUGCCAUUCAAGCCCAAACGAGAAUGUGCAGCAUUCUGAAGUAAACACGAAAAGCUGUUUUGCCUCCUUCAAAAAAAAAAAAGUGAUACGAUGUUAUAAAGUUGUUGUUUUUUCUAUAUUAGGGGAGGUUCUAAGCACUACACUUCAAGACAACAACAGAGCAAAAGCAUGAGAAGUGAAAAAUUCAAAAGUGGAAUAAGGUCGAUAUCGCUUCAGACCAGACAUUAAUCCAACCUCCACCCCUUCACGCUCCGUUAAACGGUGCAUCGGCAAACUUCCCUGACCGGUACUGUAACUCUGAGACACCAAUUCCAGUGUGGAUAUCAGCACCCCAGGAUAUGUUCCUUAUAUUUCCAAAAAUAACAAUCAUUAUACUACAACGAUUUACACCUGAAGUUACAAAACGUGUAGAAGACACCUUUUAUACAGCAGCAUCGAAGCUCUGCGAACAUACACAAUGUAGAAGAUUUGCACUAAAGAAAGAACAAACAGCUUUUCUUCUACUAUGCAGCAGCUAUAAUAUAUAUCUACAAAAAUGCAAAGUAAGGAGAGGUCUACAAGACCGAUAAGGAGUAAGCAAAGUGUUUAUUAUUCAAAAUGCAAGGCGACAUAGACUCUUAUGUUGUUCAGAGCAUGUACCACAUUUAAGUGGUCACUGUCCAAAGUGAAAAGAAGUCAAGUGCUGUACAAACCAUACAUGUGCUCGUUCCACGUUCAAGGCAGCACACAAACAUCCGCGCCCCCGCCUUUAUAUUGUUGCGUUGUUCAUAUUCUUCGAAACACCUAGUCCUCGCUCAACGCUUCAUGUAAAGUUUGCGCUGCACCUCUCUAAAAAAAAGACUACUUUCUUUUUUGCAUAGAUUUUAUCUUCUCGAACCAUUUCUCAGGCAACAGCAGCUUUUAUUGUCAUCAUCUAUCGCUACGCCAUCAAAAUUUGAAAAGGAUGGCAGCGUAGCAAACAAAUGCAGAUGGCGGCUUUCCAUUAUUUGCCCACGAAAGGGGAGCAUUCCUUUAAUAAUUUAUUUAGCGUGCAUACGAUUCCUUCCAAAUGACGCAUUUUAAUUUCUUUAACCAUCAAGCUCUCGUGCAUCCCACAUCAUCUUUCACAGCUACAACAUGGUUAAGACAUUUGAAAACGUGUGUAAAAGGAAUCGAUCAAUAACCUUCUUAUUGUAGGGCACGCACACAGCUCUGGGGCGCGAUCUUGUAUGCAUUCUUAAAACAAACGGAGGCGGUCCGUUCUACCCAGCCGCACGCGAAUGGUCAAUGUGAAUCGUGACAGACGUCACGGCCCUACAUAGGACCAAUCACGUGCGGCUGGAUAGAACGGACCACCUCCAUUUGUUUUAAGAAUGUGUACAAGAUCGCGCCACUGAUGUGCCUUUGCUGUUCCCAAAGCUCUGUGAAGAUUUCUUCAUUAUAUAUAUACAUAUGUUUGAGUUAGACAUACUAC